AGAGCGCAAAAGGUCGAUUGUUGAUGCGAAUAUUGUGUGCUUGAACUCCUUGGUGCUUUCCCUUCAAGUUAACACCAUUGUAUUUGUAUCCCUGGACACGACAAUCGGCGAUGUCCUGACCAAGGUUCACCAGCGAAGCAAGAAAAGCCUUGACAAACCCUUUCCUGUUAAGUUGUCAACAUCAGGACACAUCCAAAAAAACUCAAUAUAAGGGACAUCAGCUCUUUGUGGCUAACAUCAGUAGUAAAGUUCCUGUUGGCAUACUGCUGAAACACAAAAUCUUAGGCUCCCUCACCUGAUCCCUCAGCACCAUGGCUUUGAAUCUAUCUAUAAUGCUUCAGCUCCUCUGGCAUUGCUGCUUUAGUUUUCUACUUAUCUACAUUUUUCAUACCGGAAGCUAUUCAGGUCACUGGAUCAUAGCCACCUUUGGAUUAACUGUUAUUUUAAUUCUUAUUCGAUUACAUUUUGCUGGUCCCACUUAUAAAGGCUUGGAGAGAUUAGAUGGCAAAACUGUUUUGAUAACAGGAGCCAACACUGGCAUCGGAAAAGAAACAGCAAAAGAGAUGGCCAGACGAGGUGGGAGAGUCAUCAUGGCAUGUAGAGAUCUCGACAAAGCCAACCAAGCCAAGGAUGAGAUAAUAAAAGAAACUGAAAAUCAUAAGAUCUUUGUGCACAAGCUUGACCUUGCAUCUUUCAAAUCCAUCCGAGAGUUUUGUAAAAAUUUCAAUGAAACUGAGGAGCGCUUGGACAUUCUGAUUAACAAUGCUGGUAUAAUGAUGUGCCCAAAGCUAAAGACUGAGGAUGGCUUAGAGAUGCAAAUUGGUGUGAAUCACUUUGGUCAUUUUCUGCUGACUAACUUGCUGCUAGACAAACUGAAGCAGUGCUCACCCAGCAGGAUUGUGAUUGUGUCCAGCUUGAUGCACAUGUUUGGUCAAAUGAACUUUGAUGACCUGAACAGUGAAAGGAGCUAUGGUGCAGUGAGGGCUUACUCUCAGAGUAAAUUAGCAAACAUGCUACAUGUCAGAGCUCUUAUGAAAAGACUUGAAGGAACUGGUGUCACUGUGAAUGGUCUACAUCCUGGCUCAGUUGACACAGAACUACUCAGACAUUUUAAAAUCUUUAGUUGGACAAUAUUCAAAAUCUUGUUGAAACCAAUAAAAAUAUACUUCUUCAAAAAUGCAUUCAAAGGGGCCCAGACAACAAUCUAUGCUGCAUUAGAUUCAUCUUUGGAGACAGUCUCUGGAAAAUAUUUCAGUGACUGUAAGCCAGCCUCAGCUUCCAAAUUAUCUUUUAAUGAUGAAGAUGCAGAGAGACUCUGGCAGAUUAGUGAAAAGAUAACCCAAGGGAGAUAAUUCAAAUGGCGCAGGAAAACAAAAAGUUAUACCGGUUCCCAAAAUUUAAAUUAAUUUAUUUUAAUACAUUUUAACAUCGAAAGAUUUCAAGCGUUGUGGACAUUUUACACUUUUUUUUUCUGUUUUAUUUUAUUUUAAUUUUUUUUAUAUUUUGCAAGCUAUUGUAUUUGUUUAUACCGUUUUUUAUUGUAACAUUUGUGUUGAGAAAAAUGCCUUCAGAGUUAUUUUUAUAUUUUUGUUACUUUUGGUCUGCUCAAUAUGUUAUAUCAAUUAUUUCAUUCAAAUGCAUCUUUGAAAUGGAAUUCAAAAAGAACAAUACUUUGAAAUAACUACAGUGAAAUUUUUUUUUUGUUUUUUAAAUUCAAUGAUUUUGAAUGUGAAUUAAUUCUAUUACUUCUUUGUAUAUGUGUUUUCUUGUAAAUGAAAUAUGUUACUUUAAGUACACAUCCAACUAGCUAGUUUCUUUAACAUACUUUUGUAUAACAUUUAGUGCCUUCUCAAUUUUUAUAUGAGAUUUAACAUAUAAAGAAACUCUGGAUUUGGAAAAGUUUCAAAUAAUUUACAGCUACAUCAGAGAGUAGAAACUCAUGAAAUUGAAAAAAUAAUUCUUUAGAAACUGGCGUUGAUGAAAAUUUCAUCCAAUGGAACCCCUGUUGCUCUUUGAAUACCAGAACUGUUCUCAGUGCAACAUCCCGCAGAUACCUGCACUCAUCGCAGCACCCUUGAUAGCAUGUCAUUGUGUUGGUUACAUGAUAACUCAAAUAUACUCAGAUAUAUUAUAUAUAUUUUUCUGUACUUGUAGACUAGUUCAUGUUAUCUACGGAUUUAUUUACAGAUAGUAGCAUAUGGGAAGAAAAAAAUUAUGGAAAAUGCAAUCUAGCUAACAACUUUUUUUUUCUUUAGAAAGUCCCAUUCUAUGAAUGCUGUUUUUAAAAUCACACCUACAUUUUUUAAUGGUGAAUUAGUUUGGUAGUAUUCCUGUGAUUUAAGAAAAAAAGUAACAACGAUUUUGCUGGAAGGUUGACAUUUUUUGUAUUUAUUCUUGCCUUUAAAAUGAAAUGUUGAUGUUAGUUUGUUACCAUGGUAAUGUUGUGUAGUUAGUGAUUUUUGCUAACUUUGUAUGCUUCACCUACAUAUCAAUUAUUUAUUGCCAUAAAACACAGCUUACAUUUCUUAUUCUAUGCAAGAAGUAUUUAUAAUCUAUUUAUUUGUAGGGAAUAGAAUAUAUCCUUACCACAUGUUGGUCUAUAUAUCACCCAAUGAUGACACUAACUUAGGCUUUCUAUAUAUCUUUUAACCUCAGCAUCAGCCUCAUAACUUAAGAGUAUCUAUUUUCUUUUAGGCUAUUGUUUGCCUAAGUAAAGAUGCCCAUGACCUCUCUAAACAUAUAUGUUAACCAGACUGGGUGUCACCAACCCCAGUCUUGCCACUGCUUCUUAUUAAUCUGUAAAUCCUCACCAUCAUAUCAGUGUCAUAAUCUGAAAGAGUUAUAGUUUUCUUUGCCUAAGUUAGGAUGGCAAUGACCUCUCUUAACAUGUCAGAAGUGUUUCCAUAGCAAGUUUUUCUGGCCAGAGCUUUUCAGUGAAAAUAUAGAAUUCUUUCAUUUUUUUUUUGUUUUCAUCUAAGACAAAGGACCAGGAAUAUAAUAUUAACAUUUCAACUUGUGUAUUUGCGCUCCUGCUGUUGUUAAUAAAGAGUGAAUUUCAAGUCCCACACUCCAUUGUUACUUUCUUCAAUAAUGAAUCAUUGUGCUAAAACAAAAUUGUAUUAAUAUUUCUUACAGUUUGAUAUAUACUUAAGAUCAAAUAUUUUAUAUUUGACUCUAAAUUCUUACUUUGAACUCCAAGAAAGUUAAUCUGAUCUAAUUUAAUUUUUUAAUUUCUCUAGAUCAGCCUUUUUGAAUCUGAAAUAAAGAGAGCAAAUCCCAUAGUCUAGACCAGACUUUUUUAUAAAAUUUACAAUGCUUUUUGUUGACAAGCCAGAUAAUGUAAUCACUGAGUUAAUCGGUUUGAAUUUUUUAGUUUUUUUUUUUGAAGCUGCAAAGAAAGAUAACUGCUUACCUUGUUUGAUUAUCUUUCCUUCUCAGGAUCACUUGUAUGAGCAUCAACAAUGACUUAUAUACACUGUAUGUUUUGUUUGUUCUUGUUGAGAUUCUUGUGUCCAUUUUUCCAUGUGAGAAUUAUACUUAUACACUAUUUAUUUAAAUUUUAGAUGUGUGAAUUUUCAAGUUGUUAAAUCACCUCAAUCUACAAUUAUUGAUUUGUUUAUUUUUUUUAACAAUUUUUACUUCUAAUUUUUCAGGUUCUUUAUUUUGUUUUACUUGCUUAUAUUUGAUGUUUUUUUUCACUAGAAAUCCUUUGAAUGCCUUUGAGUUCAAAAAAAAUGUUUUUCACUUUCUCUUGGUGUCAUGUCUGCAUCAGAAUUUGAGCUCAGUUAAUGAUUUUGAAGGACUCAGCGAUUCAUUGUGUUGAAGCAAGACCAAUCCUUAUAGUAGACCUGACUCCAGACAUGCAACAUGGCAGUGAGCUAUUGGUCUCAACUUACCACUUAGUGCCACAUUACAGAUCUGUGGUCAGACCUACUGUAAGGAUCAGUCUCGGAUGAAGUACUGUUAACAUAUUCAGUUAUUUCAUUGCUUUUUUUUUGUUUAGAAUAUUGUAGGAGUGGUUUUGUAAUGGCUAUAUCUGCUUAUUCUAUGCAUUGUCAUCAAAAUAAAUACUGGUUUAAAAAUA